CCUUGUCCGCGCGUAGUAGCAGUACUGUACUAGGCCUAGUACCACGAUUUCACAUUGAAAAAAAAAAAAAUGUCUGAUUACUCUCUAUCUCAGUUUUACUGUCCCUCUCUCCGCUCCAGUCGUCCUCCUCUCUUUAAAUCCAUAAAUCACACGCACACACACACAAACCCAGUAGUAGGAAGCUUUAGUGUUGCAGACCCCCCCAAAAGCAAAAGAACUCCGAAGCCAAAAAGACAAACGUUUUCUCAUCACACCACCAAAAGCCUCCACCUUUCCUCCUCUCUCUUUCUUUCUUCUCUCAAAACCCAAAAAGCUCCAACCACACAAACCCCAAUAAGCCACUUCCGGGUCAUCGGGUCCAACACCACCCAUUUUCACCACUACCUAAAUCCAUUGCCUCCCAUAAAAUAAACCCAACACACCCUCUACUUUGUUUUUGGUUCUCUCAAAGAUUCAAGAACCAAGCUUUGGUCUCUUUUUUUUUUUGGUUUUCUUUCCUCCUACCAAAGUCCUCAUCUUUACAGAAAAGUCCAACUUUUUUUUUUUUUUUUUUUUUUUGCACUAAUCAGUUAUGGCGGGCAAUCCGCCUGAGGGACUCGGAGACGAUUUCUUCGAGCAGAUCAUGGCCGUUCCUCAAACGUACAGCGGCUCCGGCUCCGCUGCUGACUCAGCUGGUGGUGGAUAUGGAGACGUGGGGUCCAUGCCCAUGGUGCUGCAGUUGGGCUCCGGAACCGGGUCUUCUUCUGGCUCCGGCGUCGGGUACAGAGGAGGAGUCGGGUCGGUUGGGAUGGGUAUGGGCAUGCCUUUGGGUCUGAAUUUGGAGCAGGGGUUUCUUGGACAAGACAGGUUCAGAGAUGAAGUUGAACCCAACUCUAACACCACCAACAACAACAACAACGGUAGCAGUUCUAAUUUGACGGCAUGGCAGGAAAGAGAUUCGGUUCACAUGACGAGUUUGUUUCCGGCAUUUGGACAUUUGCAAAACCACUCUGUCCGGCCAACGCCGCCGCCUCCUCCUCAGCCUCACCAGUUUCAUAGCCAACCAGCACCGGGGCCAGCUGCUGCUCCCCAUCACCCUCCUGCUAUCCGCCCAAGGGUCCGAGCAAGACGAGGUCAAGCAACAGAUCCCCACAGUAUUGCCGAGCGGUUACGCCGGGAAAGAAUUGCAGAAAGAAUGAAGGCUUUGCAGGAAUUGGUACCUAGUUGUAACAAGACAGAUAGGGCAGCUAUGCUUGACGAAAUCGUCGAUUAUGUGAAAUUUCUAAGGCUCCAAGUAAAGGUUUUGAGCAUGAGUAGACUUGGAGGAGCAGGUGCAGUGGCUCAGCUUGUAGCUGAUGUACCCUUAUCAGCAGUUGAGGGAGAGGGGAUUGAAGGAGGAACCAAUAAUCAACAAGCAUGGGAGAAGUGGUCAAAUGAUGGCACAGAGCAACAGGUAGCUAAGCUCAUGGACGAAGAUGUAGGAGCUGCCAUGCAAUACCUUCAAUCCAAGGCACUUUGCAUCAUGCCCAUAUCACUCGCUCCUGCAAUUUUCCGGACACAUCAGCCGGACGCAACGACAAUGGUUAAGCCAGAAUCACACAACUCUUCCUAGGCUCCCCCAAAUUAAGUCCUGUUUUAGUUAGUACCAUUCUUACUCAUGGCAUUGGGUAUAUUCAUAUAUACUCUAGUCAAUUACAACUCAUUAGAACUGAAGUGACAAUCAAGUCAUAGCAACUGUUCACUGUUUUUUUCCAGUUGUGUAAAACAAGGGACUGAUUGUCAUUUUCAAGUCUAGGAACAAAUUUCAAAAGCUAAGUUGAUGAGCUCCUCUUGUAAUAUCAAUGGUGGGGUUAGUUGAGUGUGACCAAAAUGUUGGUGGUAAGAACUAAGAACUCUUCAAUUUUCUUCUAUGGAUAAUGGGAUAGGGGGCCAUGUAAAAGGGAUGGAUGGUUGUGUAUGAUGUAUUUUGAGAAAAUUCUUAAUGCAAGUUGAAGGUAGAUGAUAA